AUGUUGAGCACCAUGUGGCGCGCACCGAUUGGCAUGGCCGUGCUGGCCGUCUCCACGGUCGCUUUGCCUAUCCCGGAUGUCGAAAUUGCGACGGGAGUUCACAUGCCAAUGUUGGCUUUUGGCAGCUAUCGUGGAUCGCUCACGACUUGCAGCGUGCAAGACGGCAUCAAACAGUGGCUUCAACUGGGGGGGCGCCACCUCGAUACCGCACACGAUUAUGGCACCGAACCAGAUGUCGGCGCUGCCAUCAAAGCGUCCGGCGUGAAACGAGAGGAGAUUUUCCUCACCACCAAGAUCCCCGGCCCCAUUGGCCGGCAAGCAGUGAAGGACAUGGUGAUGAAUCAGACGCUUCCGAAGUUGGGGGUUGACUAUGUGGAUCUGCUUCUUAUUCACUUUCCAUGUGUUGACCAGACAGACUUCCCCAACAAAUGCGGUGAGAAAGGCAAACAAGCGCGCAUUGACACGUGGCAGGGUCUCAGCGAUCUACGAUCUAUGGGCCGGAUCCGAGCGAUUGGUGUGAGCAAUUACAACGCAGAACAGGUUGCGGAGGUGGUUGCAGAGUUCAAAGAGGCCCCGGCAGUGAACCAGGUCCAAUGGCAUUUGGCCGACCACAACGAGACCCUCCGAGCAUCCAUGCGAAAAGUUGGCACAACUCUUGAGGCCUGGGCAUCUCUUGCCGGACCCACCGCAUUUGGUGCACCAGCAAUCUCUCUGGGGGAUGCACGAUUGAAAGCCCUCGCGCAGCGCUACAACAUGACCACUGCCCAGGUCGAGUUGCGCUGGGAAACUCAGAAGGGUGUGGUGCCUGUCACUGCGACUUGUUCUAAGGAGCAUGCGCUGGGCGACUUGACCUCUUUCAAUUUCUCGCUGUCGCAGGAGGACGUCGCAUAUCUGGAUGCAUUGCUGCCGGCAGACACGCACGCUAUGUUUGUGUAA